GGUUUGAUGGGCAAAUUUUAUGAUCCACUCUGUCGGUGAAAUAAAGCCUUGUCUUUUUCACUAUCCUGUUUUGAUAAAUUUAGGUGGCACUUCUAGUAUUAGUCCAUCUUUUCCUCUCUAUUAUCCUUUUUUUCUACCCUUUCACUCCUAAUUCAGCCCCUGAUCUCUUGUUUUACUGUUUAUAGUCCUAAUUUAGCCUAACCAAACUGCCUUCUAUUUUCAUUGGCAUCAAUGUUUUGUAUGAAAUAAACAAUGUUGGGCAGUACCAUGAAACAGAUCAGUAGUCGUGUGAUUUUCUGGGUUUAGUGUUGACUGAGAUUUGGUGUGACUUAUUUGUGAUAAGUAGUCAUGUGAUCAGUUGGCAUACAAGGUAGUUAUAUAUGAGAUUCAUGAUGAUUGAUAUUCAUUCUAUCAGUUUGUUUGUGUGUUUUUUGUAUUAGAAUGCAUCAGGUGGAGAUUUGUAUUUUAAUUUGUAGUCUAACCUGAACGAUUGGACUUUAUAUGUCUGUUAACAUAUUUCUUUAUGUUGAAUUUGAAAUUUGAAAAUGAAAAAAGGAAAUGAAAGAAAUCCUUCUGUCCUAGAAAUUUCCAUGCUUGGUCUUUGAAAGAAUGUCAUGUCUUGUUGCAGAAUUUUUCUUAACAUCUUCACAAUUCAACGAUGCCAAAGGCUACAAGUGCGAAGAAGUCCAGGGCAUCUCCUUACCCUCGUGGCACCAAGAAAAUUGUUCAAGGCAAGUGCAAAAUGGUUGUGGACAAAAACGAUGAUGUACAGGAUUGGGAAGAAACUAGAUGUCCAAUCUGCAUGGAACAUCCUCACAGUGCUGUAUUACUACGAUGCUCGUCCUAUGCAAAAGGUUGCCGACCAUAUGUUUGCAACACAAGUAAUCGUCAAUCAAAUUGUCUCAUUCAAUUUCAGAAGUCUUCUGCAGAUUCUUCAUCCCAUUCAUUGCCAGAAGAUGUCCAUCCAAUAAAAGGGCAGCAGCAACCAAAGCUCUCAUGCCCUCUUUGUCGCGGACAGGUCAGUGGUUGGACUGUGGUAGAGCCUGCAAGGCGGUUCAUGAAUUCAAAACCAAGGAGCUGCCCAUUUGAGGAAUGUGAUUAUAGUGGAACUUAUUCAGAACUUAGAAAUCAUAUCAGGGGACAUCAUCCCAUGACAAAGCCAUCAGAUGUAAACCCAGCUCGUCAGCAUGAGUGGCAAAGGUUGGAGCGCGAGACUGAGUUGAAGGAUAUGAUUUCUGUGAUGCUAUCUGAGCUUGGAGACAAUGCUACUCCAGCACUCUAUGAUUACUUGUUGUCUGAAUUUCUAAUGCUUGCAACUGGAUCAAAUUAGAUUACCAGGAAAAAGCAUUUUCAUUUAUAUUUCUAGCUCAAUGGGUCUGUUGGGGGCGGAAAGGAAGUAGUUGAUGAUGAGAAAGUAAUUUUAAUUUUGUUACAUCUAUUUGUCAGCCUUUUCUCUCAUGAUGGGAUGAUAAAAAGAAGCUGAACCUUAGCCUGAAUACAAUUGAACUUGCUUGUGAAAUACAUUUGAUAUAUUUCU